AUGGCGGACAGAGACAGCGGCAGCGAGCAGGGCGGCGGCGGCGGGGGCGCGGCGGGCGCCGGGGGGCCGGGCGCGGGCGGCGGCGGCCCGGGCGGCGGCGGCGGCGGCGGCGGGGGCCCGGGCGGCGGGCUGCAGCACGAGACGCAGGAGCUGGCCUCCAAGCGGGUGGACAUCCAGAACAAGCGCUUCUACCUGGACGUGAAGCAGAACGCCAAGGGCCGCUUCCUCAAGAUCGCCGAGGUGGGCGCGGGCGGCAACAAGAGCCGCCUGACCCUCUCCAUGUCGGUGGCCGUCGAGUUCCGCGACUACCUGGGCGACUUCAUCGAGCACUACGCGCAGCUGGGGCCCAGCCAGCCCCCCGAGCUGGCGCAGGCGGCCGACGAGCCCCGGCGGGCGCUGAAGAGCGAGUUCCUGGUGCGGGAGAACCGCAAGUACUACAUGGAUCUGAAGGAGAACCAGCGCGGGCGUUUCCUGCGCGUCCGCCAGACCGUGAACCGCGGCCCGGGGCUGGGCUCCACGCAGGGCCAGACCAUCGCGCUGCCCGCACAGGGCCUCAUCGAGUUCCGCGACGCCCUGGCCAAGCUCAUCGACGACUACGGCGUGGAGGAGGAGCCGGCCGAGCUGCCCGAGGGCACCUCCUUGACUGUGGACAACAAGCGUUUCUUCUUCGACGUGGGUUCCAACAAGUACGGCGUGUUCAUGCGGGUGAGCGAGGUGAAGCCCACCUACCGCAACUCCAUCACCGUCCCCUACAAGGUCUGGGCCAAGUUCGGCCACACCUUCUGCAAGUACUCGGACGAGAUGAAGAAGAUCCAGGAGAAGCAGCGGGACAAGCGCGCCGCCGCCGCCGCCGCCCCCGCCGUGGGCGCCGAGCCGCCCCCCGAGGCCGAGGCGGCCGCCGCCGGGCCGCCCGGCGCGCUGCUGCAGGCCGAGGAGCCCGAGGAGGACUGACCGCCCGCCCCCCGGGACGCGGACUGGCCCCGCCGCCGGCGGGAGGGCGGGCGGGCGGCGGGGCGCGGGGGCGGCGGCCCGGAGCCCCCCCUCCGCCCGGAGCCCCCCCGGCCGCGCCGCCCGCCCGGCGCCCCCCCCCGCCGCCCGGCAGCAGCAGCGCCUCAGACCCGCCACCCAUCGCUGGAUGUUCCUCCACUUUACCCACCGUAUCAAACAACUUUUACCAGUAAAUAUCGGUUUAUUCCUGAAACCAGAAGCCCUAAACAUACCUUUGUUUAUAAGUUUUCCUGCUCUGCAUCUCUGGGAACUGGAGCCCGCAGGACCUAGAGCCUUCUGUUGAAAGCAAAUGUGACAUGGGGAGGAGGGAGAGAAUGUGAACGUGGCCCUUCUAAACUCAUUGUAAACUCCUCCUCCGAGGCUGGGAAAAAGGGCAAGUGAAAGAUCUGAUCCUUAAAAGGACAUCACUGGGUGUCUGAGACCCCAAAAGCAGCUGGCGAUUUUUAAGGACUCAAAUUGCUUUUGGUUUAUCCCAAGACAAAUUGACUUGGGAAUGUUGAAGCCUCCUUUUUCCCCAUAAGUAUUUGCCACCCAAACACUGCACGUUUUGGUAAUACCCAAGAAACAGAGAACCUGAUGAGGGAUAGAAAAUGAGUUUACUGCAUGGUCCCGGCCAAAUUUUUUCUCCCAAGCAAACAAAACACAAAAAAAAAUAAACCCAAGCCAAAACUCAUCCCUGUCCCUCCCCAAAAAAAACCUCCUAAAAAAGCAAGCCCAAGAGGAUCUCAAAUGCCCAGUCUGGUUUUGUCCCACAUGGUUGACAGGGGCGUUUUUGGCAUAGCUGCAGCCCAACCAUGUCCCUUUAAGGAGCACCAUGGCUCGUUUCCUCCUCACCAACCCCGAGCUGAGGGCUUUGCCGUUCCUGAGAGCUGAUCGAAGCUCCUGCAGCCUUAGUUGGAGUCCAGAAUGAGGGGAGCCCUUCCAGCUGUGCACUUUGAGCUGAAAACUACCUUUCCUCCCCUUUUGCAGCCUGGGUGGUUCUGAUUGCUGGCAGUUCUGUAAUACAACCUUAAUCUGAGCAGUUGAGGCUGGUCCUACCUUAUCUUCAGACGUCUUGCGGAGGACUCCUGUUACCAGUUUGGUACUCAAAAGCUACACCCCACCAUCAGAAGUCACUUUUUGUUUUUUCCAAAGGCAGUGAUAGCUCACCCUCUCUAGCUCUAAUGGAAAACCUGAUAAUUGCAAUGCAACUUUCUAAUAAAUUGUUCAUAUAUUCAUAAUUCCGUUGCAAUCCCAAAUUGGAGAAGAGAUCUGUUAAAGUGCACUGGUGUACCAAGCCUCAGAACCACUGCUUUCUCCAGCUCAUAGGAUGCUUUUCCAGACUGUGGAUACGUGUAUGUGUACUGCUGUGUUGAUAAGUAAAUGCCAACGAUGGAGUUCGUUGCUUUUAUACAUCCCAAAGAGAAGUUCUCCACCGUUCACUGUCUGUUUUCUGACCGAAAAGGCGUGUGUUUGUGAACAGUGCUCACGCCAGCUCUGCCAUCCCACCCUCACAUCAGCUCACACCAAUGCCAGGAUGGGAGGAGUUGCCUGCGUACCUUCCCCAAAACACCCCGGGCCGCAGUGGCAUCGUCAGGGAGCAGUUCAAACCUGUGUCCUUUGGGCUUUGUGUAAAGCAAAUGCAGAACAAGAAAAAUCGAGAUGUUAAAUCCAUUAGAAAACCAAUUCCUUAUUGUACAGUAGUAUGGAGAUCUCUAGUCAACCUGCCAUUAAUAAUAGAUUCUUAUUUUUUGAAUGAUCUAUUUAAAAGAACAGCAAGCAUUGUAUUUGCUAGUAAAUCUGAAGUGUUUACAUGGAAUUACUAAAUAAAUUAUUUGAUCUAA